GUGUGUCCAGCGGUGCGUUAACCCUUGUUGCAAAGUGUUGUCUAAAGGUCGACAAACACUGUCUGUGCCAGCACUAAAGAGUGUUCCCAUAAAUCAUGGAUAUUUCCGCAGUAAAUGCUUUUUCAUACGAGGAUUUUGUGAAUACUUUCGGUAACGUGGUGGAGAAAUGUCCUCUUAUAACAGCCGCUGUGUGGUCGAGGCGCCCUUUUGGGAGUUUAAAUGCUCUGGAGGCUGCCAUCAGUGACUUCAUCGAUGAGCUCCCAGAAUCAGGCAAAGAGGGGAUCCUAAGGUGUCACCCCGAUCUGGCCGGCAGGGACCUCCUGAGGGGCACCUUGACCCGGGAGUCGCACCAGGAGCAGGCGGGAGCCGGGAUGGAUACGCUGGCCUCGGCGGAAGCCGAGCGCAUGGCCCGGCUCAAUGAGGAGUACAAAAAGCGCUUCGGCUUCCCGUUUGUCAUAUGCGCCCGGAUGAACGACAAAGCGAACAUCUUACGGCAGCUGACCGAGCGCUGUCAGAACGAGCGCGCAGAGGAGAGAGAGCGCGGCAUCGAGGAGGUGAAGAAGAUCUGCCGUUUGCGUCUCCAAAGUCUGGUGCUCACUGAUGCCGCGAACAAAUUAUGAAGUACUGUAGAUUGUGUUGGAGUGCUCCUGCGCCAGUUUGCUUGUAAAUGCCAAUACAUCCAGGCUCAUAGGCUGUGGUAUAUUUUUUAUUCGAAAUGUGUUCAUAAAUUCUUCAAUCAAUAAAACAAGUGGAUCAUUGA